GCAUGACUACUCCGGUAACAAUGUGGACUAUGAAUGAUAUCAACAAAAUGGAAAGCUCACAUUUCUCUUAUGUGGUCUAUCAACGAAACGUGUUUAUUUGCCAAGAACGGGAAGAUCCUUUAAGUCUCUGUGGCGCUUAUACACUCAAACCAAUCUGCAUUUUCAAAUAGAAGUUCUGGUAACCUUUAUUGUAACGUUAGGUUUUAAUUUUCUACAGUAUGUAGCCUGCUUUAGCACUGCUUGGUAGCUACUUACACGUGUAAAUAGUAGUAACAGGACAGAAUUUGCUGUCAUUCUUAAAUGCAAACAUAUAAUCAUUUCCAUGCUGAAAAGUUUGACACUCACAAAUAUAAGAAUGUUAGUUGAAUAUAGCCUACCAAAAAAUGCCCAGCCUUAACACUAUCUACUGAUAUUUAUUAUUUUCUUCAGUGUGCUAUGAAGUUGUAUGUUCUCUCAAUGUUAAAUACUGUAAACCCGAAUGUCCUAUUCAAUGACAUCCUUACAUUGUUAACUCACACUCAUCUUGGUCCUUGUGGACAAAACUUUAUGCAUACUGUAUUUUGAAAUUGUCACCCCAGGCCAAAAAGCAUUGCUGAGCAGGAAAGACCUACAUACUGAGAAAUUCAAUAUGUGCAAUGUUAAUCAACAAUAGUCUGUGUUAAUGAAGCAGAGGUUUAAGUUUUAUUAGCCGUAUGUAUGGGGUACACAUGGUGUACACUGUCCAAUGAAAUGCUUACGUACAGGUUCCUUCUGGACAAUGCAACAACAAUAAGAAAAGAUAAGAAUACGAUCAUAAAGUAAAUGGCUCAGUAAAAUAGAUUAAACAUUCAUCACAGGUGUUGCUAUGAUAUGUGCUUGUUGUGGGCUUCAAGAGACCUCAUUGUCCCACCCUCCUCAACAUAUUCUAUUUUACUCACAGUAGACAAGUGGUUUGCAUGACAAUUGUAACUGGUCAGUAUAUACUGUUUGUGCUCUUUCAACACUGUCGUAAGAUGUUUAAGAACAGACAAACGAUAAGCAUAUUUACAAUCAAUGCACAGCAGCAAGUAACGAACUCACAGCUUUAUUGAAUCAACCUAUCACAUCCAUUUUUACAAUAUUAGGCCUAUGGCUAUAUCAAGCUAUCCUGCUCUUCACUGGUCACUUAACUACAACUUGAUGAGAGUUACGAUUCAGUUUAGGUGUGAAAAGUUGAGUUGUCUUCGUGUGGUUGUUGACGCCAGGCCUGGACAUGCUGCUGCAGAGCUGCUCCUCUCACACGUCAUGUCUGUGUAUCCCUCUGUCUGUGUGCAGAAGUCAAUAACCAGCUUUCUUCUCUUCUUUCAAAAGGAUUACCCCAAAUCGAUAGGUCACUGUUUGCAGGACCGCGGCCUCUCAGUGGAAAUGAUUUACCUGCAGGCGGAGUCGGGCCUGACCCGGGCCCUACAAGAUCUCCACUCCGACGGUUCCCCCUUAUGUAUUCUCGUCGAACAGACCAAUGUAGCUCUGUCCUCGUGCACAGUAAUCAUAUUUUCAGAAUCCUUCAAAAUCUCCCGCAACAUGCCCAAGGAACAUGCCAUGGACUUUGUGUGGGCUUGGAAAGCGGAUGCAGCAGAAUGACCCUGCAGAAACGGGGGCGCAGGCGGCCGAGCUGGUGGAUGACUACCUAGAGAAGGUGGAGAAGCAUGCUGUGCCCUCUGACACCCGCCAGCUGCUCUUCCUGGCCGAUGGAGUCCACCUGUACCCCGAGGAGCUGAGCACCAUUGCAGAGUAUCUCCACAACCGCCAGGACCAUCUGCAAGCCACGUCCACUGAGACAGGUGAUGGCCCCCUUCCUGAGAGGACGAAGAUGUUGCCUCCUGGUUUAGGGAAACCCCCACCGCUGCUACCCACCCCCUCAGGCCCUCGUGGCAGAGAGACACCCCCUGGGAUGAGAGAGCACUCUGCUACCCCCCUCAUGACUUCUCCAGGCCCAUACCCCAAGACCAAGCCCCCUCCACUGCUGUCCAUGCACCAGGGUCAAGGGCCCCCUCAUGGUCCCCCACCCCCUCGCGCCCCCCUUUCUACACACGGCCUCCACGGUCCAUUACAUCGAGGACCACCACGGCCCCCGAGGAGCCCCACCCUCACUGAAGAGCCUUCAUAUGGGACCCCAGCCUGGGCUGUUCACCUGUCCAGGAGGUAAUUGAGAGCAUCCUGUCGGGCUGUAUCACCGCCUGGUACGGCA